AUGGUUGAGCGAGUUGAGCUGCUCAACGGACCAAUCAUUGAGCAAUCUGAAGCAAACAAGAUGGCUGCCGCCACUCCACCGUUGUCACAACUAUACCGAGAUAUCUGCAUAACAACUGAGGAACCUACUUUUCUUUUCAUCAUCUGCAUCUCAGAGACAUGGAGGCGCCUGGACACCAGUGCAGUGUGUGUGACAAGAGCUUCUCUCUCGAGUCAAACCUGA